AUGCAGACCAUUAAGUGUGUCGUUGUCGGUGAUGGUGCUGUCGGCAAGACCUGCCUGCUCAUCUCGUACACCACCAACAAGUUCCCGAGCGAGUAUGUACCGACCGUGUUCGACAACUACGCGGUGACGGUCAUGAUCGGCGACGACCCCUACACGCUCGGCCUGUUCGACACGGCCGGACAGGAGGACUACGACCGACUGCGCCCGCUCUCGUACCCGCAGACGGACGUCUUCCUCGUCUGCUUCAGCGUCACCUCGCCCGCCUCGUUCGAGAACGUCAAGGAGAAGUGGUUCCCCGAGGUCCACCACCACUGCCCGGGCGUCCCCUGUCUCAUCGUCGGAACCCAGGUCGACCUCCGCGACGACCCCGCCGUGAUGGAGAAGCUCGGCCGGCAGAAGCAGAGGCCCGUCCCGCCCGAGGCCGGAGAGAGGCUCGCACGGGAAUUGGGCGCCGUCAAGUAUGUCGAGUGCUCGGCGCUCACGCAGAAGGGGUUGAAGAAUGUAUUCGACGAGGCCAUCGUCGCCGCACUCGAGCCGCCCGUCACCAAGCGCAAGUCGAAAUGCAGCAUCCUCUAG